AUGAUGGCCCUCGAAGCUGCCAGGCCUAAACAACUCUCAUACUUCGAUCCCGUAACAAUGGAUCUCUCUAUGUUCUCUUUCCCGGUUGAGGGCUUUCCCCACUACCAACAGGACCUGGAUAUGUCGCAUGCCGCCAAUGCCUACUACGACACCCACCCAUUGUUGGAGUCUGCAGAUCUGCAAAAUCCCACAUAUUUAGCUUCUAUACCCGCCACGCCUCCUUCGAUCUCUGCCUCUAACUCUGCAGAGCCAUAUUUACCUACCGGAUCUGCUGCCUCAGGGCAGUCCAUUGCUAGCGCAUCUUCAUCGGCAAUGGGAUCACCAUACUCAGGAACCGCGCAUGCCUUCCAGGAGAACUGGGUGAAUACGAACCACGGAUUGGGUCUACCAGCCGCAGUGAUGAACGACCUUUUUUCACAAGAGUACAUGGGAAGUACGUUGGAAAUGGAAAUGCCCUACCAAGAGAAAUUCCUCGAUCCUUUUGUCGAUCCCUCAUUGAUUCAAUCGGCGCAACAAGGAUCUGGAAUCACUCCGAUCAUCUCAUUUCCCGACCAGCCCACCUCUUCCUAUACAAACGUGCCCAGUUAUAUUUCCCACUCUCCCGCCCCAUCACCUCUCCCAUAUAAUGAUACCGCAGAGCACCACACCUCGCCCCGCACACAACCAGUACAGCACACUGGACCAUCUCCCCUUUUGGUCCCACAGAGGUCUCAUUCGCGACCACUCUCGAUCUACGAUCGGCGGUCGUCCAUUUCCUCAAUUCAGUCCCGACUCUCCCAGCCCAGCCCGGCGCUGAGCAGUAUUGAUCCAGACGAAGACACUAAAGAAAAAGUGCGCUGCCCACAUCCCGACUGUGGUCGAGUCUUCAAAGACUUGAAAGCCCAUAUGUUGACUCACCAGUCUGAGCGACCAGAGAAGUGUCCAAUCCUCAACUGCGAGUACCACAUCAAGGGCUUCGCCCGCAAGUACGACAAGAACCGCCACACCCUGACCCAUUACAAAGGAACCAUGGUAUGCGGUUUUUGCCCGGGAUCCGGCUCCCCCGCCGAGAAGAGCUUCAACCGCGCCGAUGUCUUCAAGCGCCACCUGACCUCCGUCCACGGCGUAGAACAAACCCCGCCAAAUUGCCGAAAGCGCAGUCCUGGCGUAGCUAAGAAGGGCACCAACUAUAGCCCCGACGCGACAGGAAAGUGUUCUACCUGCUCAUCGACAUUUAGCAACGCGCAGGACUUCUACGAACAUUUGGAUGACUGCGUUCUCCGCGUCGUGCAGCAAGAAGAACCCUCGGAGGCGAUCAACCAGCAGCGUCUGGCAGAGGUCGCUUCAGACGAAGAGGUCAAAAAGACCAUGGAGAAGCACAAACUCCACGACGUGGCUGGCCCGAUCGACCAAUUCGACUAUUAUGAAGACCAAGAUGACCCCGAUGCCCACGACCCCUCCAGCUGGCGCGGUCUGAAGACUAGGCCCAAAUUCUCCAAGGGCAACAUUCUCGCUUCCCGCCCUCUCAUCGGCUCCGGCAAUGCCAUCUCGAAGAAUUCAUCCAAGCCCCGCGCUGUCACCACCCGCCGCCGCAAUAACCGUGGCAACUACCCUCAGUCCUGGGGUUGCCCCAGCAGCAGCCUGAAGACCAGGAAGCGAGUGCUAUGUGUCUUUGAUGGCAACCGCCGCCUGUGGAAAGACGAAAUGAUGCUCAAUAACGAAUUCGAGGUCCGUCUGAGACCUCUUGGUGGUGUGGGCGACGGUACCAACCGCGAUGCCUACAUAACCGAUCUGGAUGUUGAGACAUUGAAGCGCGCCGAGGGUGUGCACAACGCCACUCAGGAGGAGCGUGGUCCUUGGUUGGGCGGCCCGUCGCCUCAUCUUAUGGGUCAACCGGCGAUGCUAUUGCCAGAACUGUGCCUGCCCCAUGAUGAUGAGAUCUCGCUGAAUGAAUUAAUGGCUUAA